UUCUCCGUGCGAGGCCACUGUACCUGGCAUAGGGGAAAUAACAUCAUGCUCUUUGAUCCAUAGACCACGGCCCGAAGGAGAUUGGGAGUGGCAGCUCCUCAUCACCUUUCUUUACUCGGAAUCAUGCACUGCGAAAGGGUUCGGCACUCUCUUCCGAAUCUGUCAAAUCCCACUACUACACCUUCUUUCCUUCUAUUUUCCUGCCUGCAGUAGUGUCAAGCACGAUGUACUCCGUGAAUAAGGAGACGGAUCCAUCUAUGUUGGGGGUCACCUAGACCGCAUAUCAGACACAUGCCGUACUAGCUAAUGCUCCUACUAGCAGAUCACUCGCACUCACCACACCCAUCCAACCAUCGUUACGCAAGCAUAUGCGCUAUUCGGGCGUAUUCGACGCGAGCCCUUGCUUGAUCUCCCAAUCCAAGUCAAAAGAGGGUACAUUGAUUAGCUAUGCGUGAAUGGGAUCGACUUUGACACAGAGCGGGCGUCUAAAAAUGGAGACUGUACGAGGUGAGAUACGUGCCUCUCUUUUUUUUUAUUUCACGUCUAUAUUACUCAUACGGAUAGUACAAGCCCAAGCAAGAUUGGUUGUACUGUACCCAUCACCGCCCGGAGUGGAAAUGGAUGCUCUCUUUUUUUCCCUUCUCGUUCACACGCCCCCCCUUAGACGCCCCUCUUCUCUCCUGUUCCCCUCUUUGUUCAAAACUCCACUUUCUCUCUCACUCUCUUUCUCUCACAUACCGUUCAAUCAUGUAUGUAUGUAUGUAUGCAUGCAUGUACUUAACAGAAUUUCCCAGCUGUUUGCCUUGCUCUUCAUUCUCUCAGCUACAGGGAAGGGAAGCGCCAAGAAGCGAAAGCUGCCUUGGCGGCGGUCAUGGUUUCCAGUGAGGCUGAAGCUGAAGCUGAAAAUGGAACACGAUCAGCUAAUCAAAACUACCAGGUUAAUUCGUACACGAACAUUUGACCAGCCUUUCUCCAUCUAGCUCACAACAAGCCCUUCAACCCCAGCAUCCCAUCAUCUGGGC